AUGGCGCGCGUACUGCUUCUGUUACUCGCCGGGCUGUCUGGUGGCCUCUGUCAAAAGGCACCACAAGUCCAAACUAGAAAUGGCUCUUAUACAGGCGUCCAUCUGCCUUUACUCAACCAAGACUACUUCCUAGGCAUGCCGUUCGCCCAGCCGCCUGUUCAAGGUCCCCUUCGAUUCUCACCACCAGCUUCACUGAACACCUCCUGGACUGGAUCGAGAGACGCUACUCAAUUCGGCAACAUUUGCUAUGGCUAUGGUAAUGACAACAACAGGCUCGCGGCACUUGGCUUCAAGAUCUCUGAGGACUGUCUGAGCAUCAACGUCGUUCGUCCUUCCAACUAUACAGACCAGUCGCUGCCAGUUGCCGUGUACAUCUACGGUGGAGGCUACUUCCAAGGUGGCAGCGCCGAUCCCCGGUUGAACUUCUCGUCCAUCAUUCGGGACUCUGUUGCAGCUGGGAAGCCCAUCAUUGGCGUUAGUUUCAACUAUCGCCUUUCCGCCUUCGGCUUUCUAGGAGAAAAUAUCGCCGCCUUUGGAGGAGAUCCUACCAAAGUAACCAUAUUCGGUAACAGCGCGGGUGCGGGUUCUGUCGGUGCCCAACUUCUGGCGUACAAUGGGCGCGAUGACGGACUGUUCAGAGGUGCCAUUUCUCAGUCGGGAGCCCCUGCUGGUUUCUCGCCAUUCUCCCCAUUUCUCGACGUCGCAAAGUGGGACGAAGUCUAUGAGAACAUCACAGUCGGCACAGGCUGCAGCACGACAGAUGCACUCAAUUGUCUGCGGAACGUCCCAAUCGAGGUUUUGAAUGCCGUGGUCAAUUCUACAGCCACUUCAGGGGCUUCCUAUGGACUAGUCUUUGAUGGCGACUUUGUUGCCGAUGCCCCAGGAGCGCAGCUGGCCAAGGGCAACUUCGUCAAGGUUCCAUACAUAAUCGGCCACAACACAGACGAAGGAUCUGCCUUUAUCCCAGGGAACAACUUUGACAAUGCCACGUUCUAUCCAACGUCCAAGAUCGACACGGAUGAGCAAUUUAGGGCCUACAUUGCUUCGCUCAAGGCCAACGAGACGGUUGCAAGUAGAGUGUUUGACUUAUACCGCCAAAACGCAACGGACCAGGCUCUAGCCACAUACCCGGACGAUCUUGGUGCUGACCUCGGUUACCAAUACAAGAGAGCUGUUACGCUCGCUGGUGACUCUAACAUCAUCGCGCCCACUCAUUAUACGGCUCAGAUGUGGGCGGCGUAUAACGUGCCUCUUUACAAAUAUCGAUGGGAUGUCAUCGUCAGCGGAUUGCCUCGCUACAUUGGCGCAACGCAUGCGAAAGAGAUAUUCUUCGUCUUCGACGACCAAAGCAGAGACGACUACGACGUGUGGCCUCUGCAAGACAAGCCUCAGUCUUUCUCCGAACUAGCUUCCAUAAUGGCAACGGCGUGGGCUAGUUUUGUGGCAACUGGUGACCCGAAUAGCAAUGGAUCAGUCAACGGUACAAACUGGCCUUUGUAUAAUGAGUUCAAGGAGAACUUUGUCUUCACUGGUAACGUCACUAGUCACGUUGAGAACGACGAUACGCGUGAGCAGGAAAUCAGCUUUCUGUCAAGUCUCUUUUGA